AUGGAAGGAUAUCUUAAGAAGUGGAUUAAUAUAGUAUCUAGAUGGCAGGAUAGAUACUUCAUUUUGAAUGAUCAUAUUCUCCAUUAUUGUGAACAUCAAGGAGGUUAAUCUAAAGGUUAGAUCCAUUUGAAAGUGGCUGCAAUCAUACUAGUCCCUGAAGAUCCACUGAAAAUCAUCAUAAAUACAGGGACAAAUCAAAUAUAAGUGAAAGCUUCAAGUGUACCAGAAAAAAUAGAAUGGGUAAAUGCUUUAAAAAGAGCCUAAGAAAGUUGUUUAGAAACCAUACCUAGAGAUUGUAUUAAAGAAGUAAAUGAUAUUCUAACAGAUAUUUGGGUUACCCAAGCAGCAUGUACAAUUAUUCUUUCUAUUAUAAGUUGAUGAAACAUUAAAUGUACUUGUACCUAAAUUAGAAAGACAACCAAAAUAUGUAGAAUUAGCUGAAAAAUUAAGUGAGUUAGGAUAAAAGAUUAAGAUGAAUGUCACCAUUUGUACAUAAUUAUUAGAAGUGGAAAAAGAGAAGUUAGAAUGUUAAUAGUCUGGUAUUUUUUUGAAAUAAUAUUUUAAGGAGAUAAUUAAACUUUGUUUUAAUCAUUUAGGAAUAUCACUAGCAGAAUCGAUGAUUUCAAUCGAUAAAGCUCAACCAUUAGUUCAAGUAGUUCUUUAUCAAUAUAAGACAUUUUAGAGUCACUUAAAUAUGAAUAACCAAUAAAAUAUGUAAUUAUAUUUAUUGAAAUUAGAAAAAUCUCAUCAACAAUCCUGUUUUCUAAAAAAUUUAAUUCACAAAUUAAUAAUUUAGAAUUGCAUUACCUAGAACUUAAGAUCCAAAUGAAAAGUUGAAAGUUUGGAGUUUUAUUAAAGAUAUGAUAGGUAAGGAUCUUUCGAAAUUUGCUGUUCCUGUAUAUUUUAAUGAACCUUUGUCUAUGUUAUAAAGAUUGGCUGAGAAUUUAGAAUAUUAUUAAACAUUAAUUGAAGCUAAUUAAGAAUAAGAUUAAUGGCUUAGAAUGUGUUAUGUAAUGGGAUUUGGAGUUAGUGCUUAUUCAAGUAAUAUAGAUAGACAUAAAAAACCAUUUAAUCCUAUUUUAGGUGAGACAUUUGAAAUAUAAAAUAAAUAAUUUAGAUUUAUAAGUGAAUAAGUAUCUCAUCAUCCUCCUAUUUCUGCUGGUUAUGCAGAAUCUAAUGAUUUUGAAAUGUAAAUGUAAACUGAUAUAAAAACUAAAAUGUCUCCUAGAUCUAUGGAAGUAUAACCAAUAGGAAAUGUUUAUAUUAAACUAAAAUAAUUUAAUGAUCAGAUAUCCUAUAAUAAAUGUACUACAAAAGUUCAUAAUAUCAUAUUUGGAAAUAUGUAUAUUGAACAUAUUGGUGAUAUGAUUUUUAAUAAUUAUGCUACUAAUGAUAAAGGAGUUCUANAAGGUUAGAUCCAUUUGAAAGUGGCUGCAAUCAUACUAGUCCCUGAAGAUCCACUGAAAAUCAUCAUAAAUACAGGGACAAAUCAAAUAUAAGUGAAAGCUUCAAGUGUACCAGAAAAAAUAGAAUGGGUAAAUGCUUUAAAAAGAGCCUAAGAAAGUUGUUUAGAAACCAUACCUAGAGAUUGUAUUAAAGAAGUAAAUGAUAUUCUAACAGAUAUUUGGGUUACCCAAGCAGCAUGUACAAUUAUUCUUUCUAUUAUAAGUUGAUGAAACAUUAAAUGUACUUGUACCUAAAUUAGAAAGACAACCAAAAUAUGUAGAAUUAGCUGAAAAAUUAAGUGAGUUAGGAUAAAAGAUUAAGAUGAAUGUCACCAUUUGUACAUAAUUAUUAGAAGUGGAAAAAGAGAAGUUAGAAUGUUAAUAGUCUGGUAUUUUUUUGAAAUAAUAUUUUAAGGAGAUAAUUAAACUUUGUUUUAAUCAUUUAGGAAUAUCACUAGCAGAAUCGAUGAUUUCAAUCGAUAAAGCUCAACCAUUAGUUCAAGUAGUUCUUUAUCAAUAUAAGACAUUUUAGAGUCACUUAAAUAUGAAUAACCAAUAAAAUAUGUAAUUAUAUUUAUUGAAAUUAGAAAAAUCUCAUCAACAAUCCUGUUUUCUAAAAAAUUUAAUUCACAAAUUAAUAAUUUAGAAUUGCAUUACCUAGAACUUAAGAUCCAAAUGAAAAGUUGAAAGUUUGGAGUUUUAUUAAAGAUAUGAUAGGUAAGGAUCUUUCGAAAUUUGCUGUUCCUGUAUAUUUUAAUGAACCUUUGUCUAUGUUAUAAAGAUUGGCUGAGAAUUUAGAAUAUUAUUAAACAUUAAUUGAAGCUAAUUAAGAAUAAGAUUAAUGGCUUAGAAUGUGUUAUGUAAUGGGAUUUGGAGUUAGUGCUUAUUCAAGUAAUAUAGAUAGACAUAAAAAACCAUUUAAUCCUAUUUUAGGUGAGACAUUUGAAAUAUAAAAUAAAUAAUUUAGAUUUAUAAGUGAAUAAGUAUCUCAUCAUCCUCCUAUUUCUGCUGGUUAUGCAGAAUCUAAUGAUUUUGAAAUGUAAAUGUAAACUGAUAUAAAAACUAAAAUGUCUCCUAGAUCUAUGGAAGUAUAACCAAUAGGAAAUGUUUAUAUUAAACUAAAAUAAUUUAAUGAUCAGAUAUCCUAUAAUAAAUGUACUACAAAAGUUCAUAAUAUCAUAUUUGGAAAUAUGUAUAUUGAACAUAUUGGUGAUAUGAUUUUUAAUAAUUAUGCUACUAAUGAUAAAGGAGUUCUAACUCUAUCUGAAAAUCAUAAAAUGGUUGGAACUGUUUAUGAUAGUAAUGGUUAAGAAAAGUAUAAGUUGAAAGGUUUAUGGAAUGAUUCUUUGAUUGCUCGUAAUGUUUAAACUGGAAAAGAAACUGUGGUUUGGAAAAGGUAUGAUUUACCUUAAGAUUAUCAAAAUUACUUCUUUUUUACUAAGUUUGCUCUUAAUUUAAAUCUACUUAAUAUAGAUUUAAUUAAAUAGCUCCCUUGUACAGAUUGUAGAUUAAGACCAGAUUAAUUAGCUUUAGAAUAUGGUUUCAUUGAUUUAGCUGCUGAUGAAAAACAUCGUCUUGAAUAGAAAUAAAGAUAAAGAAGAAAGGAAAUGCAAAUUGCAGGUUAAAAACAUUCACCUUAAUUUUUUGAAUUGAUUAAAGAACCAUGCACAAAUGAUAUGAUUUAUAAAUACAAAGGGAAUUAUUGGAGAAGAAAGGGAGAAGGAUUAGACUUAUUUUGA